CGUAUCAUCCCACACGCCACGCCAUUGCCUGCCUGCCUGCCUACACGCGCGCACCCCUCCAGCUCCAGGGACGACGACGGUCGCCACUCUACUUCGACACCUCUCCUCCCGUCGCCUCCCUUUCUUCCACCCAUCCCGUCAAACGCAGCCUCGAUCACCACCGUUAUCUCCUCCCCUCGCCCCCUGUCUCGUCCAUCACUCGUUCCUUCCUAGCUAGCAGCUAGCCACCUUUUCCCAGGUGAACCAGGAGGCAUGGGUGGCGGCGUCGUCAGGUGCUGCGUCAAGAUCCUCGCGCUGCUCUCGCUCGUCCCGCUCGCGCUCAGGGCCGGCUCCCUCCUCGGCCACGUCGUCGCGCCUCCGCCCUCAUCGGCCCGGCCUGCAGCCGCCGCCAGGAGCGCGAGCGUCGUCGUCUCCCGUUCGGCGCACGGCAAGACGCCGGAGGGUGCUGCUCUGGCCGCCGCGAGGCCACGGAGCGGCGCCGGCGGAGGCGUGUUCGGCGACGACAAGAGGAUGGCGCCGUCGGGGUCCAACCCGCUGCACAACCGAAGAUGAGCCGUCGCCGCUCCUCCUCGCUCGCUCGCUCGCCGAUGCAUGUAUGAAUUCGACGAUGUUCUCUGCUCUGCUCUGCUAUUGCCUCGGUAGUAGCUGCUUCUUCGUAUGAUUGAUUGCACUUGCACGUGAUGGUGUAUACUACAACACAUAUAGUACUACAAUAUAUACGUAUUACUUCUUCAGGUUGGUUGCAUGUCUGUACAUUUGUAGCUGCACAUGUAUUGUUUCUGCUGUGUUAUCUAUGUGUUCUACGGAGAAUCCUUCAUUCGCAGCUCUGAAGCUGU